UAGUUUUUGCUUCCUCCUUGAGACUUUGGCUUUUGCGUGCAGUGUGAUGUAUUUUAUUCUCCCUCUCUCUUUCCUGUGAUAACAGUAAAGCAUGGCUACAGCAGGGAAGGUGAUCAAAUGCAAGGCAGCUGUUGCCUGGGAGCCCAACAAACCGCUGGUGAUAGAAGAGAUUGAAGUGGCUCCACCUCAGAAGGAUGAAAUACGAGUCAAGGUCGUAGCUACAGGUUUGUGUCACACAGACCUGUACCACCUAUUUGAGGGGAAAGAAGGCUUCCCUACUGUCCUGGGCCAUGAGGGAGCUGGUGUGGUGGAGAGUGUUGGACCUGGGGUUACUGAGUUCAAACCAGGUGAUAAGGUCAUCCCCCUCUGCGCUUCUCAGUGUAAUGAGUGCAGGUUCUGCAAAAGCUCUAAGACUAACCUGUGUGAGAAAAGCUGGUCAACUAAUCCAUGCCCUACGAUGGCAGGCCCUGUCACACGCUUCUCAUGUCAUGGUCAGCCAGUCCUGCAGUUUGCGUGCACCAGUACGUUCUCAGAGUACACGGUCAUGAACAAGAUUGAUUUGGCAAAGAUCCAUGAUGAUGCCCAACUUGAUCGUGUCUGUUUGUUGGCAUGCGGCGUCUCCACUGGCUAUGGAGCUGCCAUCAACAGUGCCAAGGUCCAGCCAGGAUCAGUGUGUGCAGUGUUCGGGUUGGGUGCAGUGGGUCUCGCUGCAGUCAUGGGCUGUAAGAGUGCUGGAGCCUCCAGGAUCAUUGCUGUGGACAUCAAUGAGGAGAAGUUUGAGAAGGCCAAGAUCUUUGGUGCCACUGACUUUGUGAACCCUAAAGCACACAAGAAACCAAUCAGUGACGUUCUGAUUGAAAUGACUGACGGAGGAGUGGAUUAUUCACUGGAGUGUGUGGGAAAUGUUGAGCUAAUGAGGAGUGCAUUGGAGUCAUGUGUUAAAGGCUGGGGAGUGAGCGUGAUUGUUGGCUAUACAGAUCUUCAUGACUUCGCUGCUCGGCCCAUUCAGCUAAUUGCUGGGAGAACUUGGACUGGAAGUCUGCUUGGAGGAUACAAGAUGAAGGAUGACGUUCCAAAGCUUGUCCUGGACCACAUUGCUGGUCGUAUAAAGCUGGAUGAGUUUGUGACACACACUAUGAAUCUGGAGCAAAUCAAUGACGCCAUUGAGCUGAUGAAGUCUGGGAAGUGCAUUCGUACUAUCAUCAAUAUGUCCAAAUAAGAAGUCAACAGCAAGACAACAAUCAUAACUUUGUAAAUUACACACACAAAUCAUUCGUUUUUGCUCUGUGCUCUGCUGGGUAUUCUUUAGGUUGUAGUAUUUUUUAAAAUAAGAUAUUGCAAUAUCUUUAGCAGUAUGUCAUAUGGUAUCAAUCGUACAAUCUGAAAUUGAAAUAAAUCUGCAGGUUACAGUACUACUCCUGUUAUGCCAGUUUUUCAUCAUAUUUUCACUGACAAUAUAAUAAACACAUUUGAAAUAAAUGUUUU